AUGCCAACUCCGAGUAACAACCCAGCGAGUUCGAUCGCCGAGGUGAUAUCCACCCGCAGCUGUCCCCCGGAAACUGGACUAUCAGCCAGAAUAGGAUCACCAGACAAUAUCGAAUUGAACGGAAAUGGCUCAGAUGAUGUUCUUACACCCGCUAGCGCUAUAGCGCCCACCGUGAUGAGCCGCUCCGAAGAUGGGACCGCUCUCUUGGUAAAUUAUCCACCAAAGGUGGAAGGGCAUAUCGCUAGAGUGGACGAUGAUGCCGGCCCAGCAAGGUCCGGUUCACCAACAGACUCAUGCGUCCGCAGCGAGUCCCCUGUUAUGCCGCUCAAACCAUCGCUGCUGCGAUAUGAAUUUUCUAACGUUCGGCUUCUGCCCAACCACACUUCCUCUUUUCUUCGCUCUGGUAGUAAAUUCACCGGUACACAGCAGUCAGACUCACAAAUGUAUAAUGUUGACGUCGAGAUCAAGCAAGUGGACAUGGCCGAGUCCUACCUUUGCGGAUAUCUGCGUAUCCAAGGCCUCACACCAGACCAUCCCACUUUGACCACCUUCUUCGAAGGAGAGAUCAUUGGUACCAAGCACACGUUUAUAACCCGUAAUGAAGAAUGGGGUGCCAACGAAAGGACUGACAUGCACCACUGGUCUCGGUUUCCGGCUUGGAAACCGCUUGCUAAGCAAGCCAAACGAGCUGACUUUACAUACCGCAACUUUGCCCAGCGUGAGCAUAUAUUUAUGAGAUGGAAAGAAUACUUCCUCGUUCCUGAUCACCGCGUGCGGACGAUCUCGGGAGCCAGCUUUGAAGGCUUCUACUAUAUCUGCUUUAACCAGAUUGAGGGCUCUGUGAGCGGUGUAUAUUUCCAUGCAAAGAGCGAGCGCAGUUUUCAACAGCUUGAGCUGAAGCAUGUGGAGGAUCGUGGAUGCGCUCCAGCACUCGAAUAUCGUUAA